UUCAGUACCAACUGCUCAACAGAACGAUCUACCAAAAAAAGUGUUAAAUGGAAAAUACAUAUAGCCUUUUAUCGCAUAGAAAAAGCUAUGUGCAAAGAAACUGGCUGGGGAAAGAAACGCUUGGUUUACGUAUUAAGUCAUACCAAUAGAAAAAUUUACUACUAGGUUCCACCGAACGAGUAGAAACCGACACACGGAUAUUUUGAUGACUGUUUGAAAUCAACUUAAGAGUGAUAAUAUCAAAUACGGAGUUUUCAUCACAAAACAGGUAGUGCAUAAUCGGCGGCAGAUGCUUAGUGAUAUGCUUCUGCUGAUGUGAUGUCAUGGAUCCACUGUUUGAAGAUGAAUCUAUGGAUGUCUUGGCCCAGGAAAAUGGAUUAACUGAUUCUCCUUUCCAAAAUCAACAUUCUCACUACAUUCAGUCACUCUUUGAGACAUGUUCAAUUGAAGGAGAGGCAAUUGUGUUACCAACCCAAAUAUGUGAAAAUGCAUCUGUGCUUACGGAAAUGCUUAGCUCUGAAUUAUUAUCAGAAGUUUUAACACUUGAAGAUGUGCAACACCUACAUUCAUACUUGCCCGUCUUUAAGACUGACCUGGAAACUGAAAGGCAGAAAACAUGGGCUAUGCUUUUUUCAAAGCAGAAUUUCAUGUUUGGAAACCCUGUUGAACACUUCAGCAGAAAAAUGGAGUGUGGCCUCUACAAUCCUGAUAUUGCUCAAACACGGAACCUCUUCCAAAAACUUCAGAAAAAGAAUGUGAAAAGGGAGCAGAGAAAUUAUUAUUUUAAUUUACUUCAGAGUGUUGUCAUGUCAAGACAACAGUUAAUUGAAGCUGCCUCUCAACUUCCACCUGGCCAAGCUGUUCGUGCACUAUCAUUACAGGGCAAUAAUAAAUCAUUGGCUGGUGCCAAAACAAAUAGUUUCCUCACAGACGAACGAGUCCGCAAACGAUACUUUGACGAAUUAAAAGGAAUUGAUUGCUGCAGUUCGGAAGAUGAUAACUAUCCCGAAGGUCCACCUCCGCCUCUCUCUAAAAAACAGCGACGUCACUUAGGUUCAAUUCAAGGAUCUUUGAGCUGUGAUAUCAAACCUAUUCAAUCUACUUUUACUCAAAACAUCUAUAAUCAUCUUGUGGUUGUGGAAAAUAAGUUAGACAAGACGCUGGACGAUGAGCCAACCCGCAACAAAAUCCCCGGCCCGAGCAGUGAUUUAUUUGGUAGUAAGUUGUUAGUGGACAGCUAUUCCAGGAGAUCCGGCGACGCCAGGCGUGUCAACGAAGACUUCAAACCCGUUUUAGACGUAGCGUCACGAGUUUCUUGCUCGAAGAAUGUUUACGAAGUAAACGAAGAAACAUAUAAAAUCAUGUUGAGCCGGCACCGCUCAUCCAAACGAGAAGGCAAACUCUCACUUGAUGCAGGUCUAAAAGACACAAAUCUGGAAGAUAUCGGCCAACGUGUUCGCACGUGUAUUUUAAACAAACGGCCUCCUGCUCCGAAAGUCCUGGAAUCUCCCAAAAGAAAUAAACCUGUGGUGAGUGCAAGCAGUAGUUCCGAAGAACAGGAAUCGGAAACCGAUACACCAAAGAAAGUGAGAGCUAAGAAAUCCAUCCCAGUCCCUGUGUCGAAACCGACCAAGACGAAGAAUGUCAAGAACAGACCGGAACGAACGGAGUCAGUUCUGACUGUGGUCGAACCAGGGGAAAGUAACAGCAUGUCAAUGAUUAGCGAAUCUGAAGUAAAACAAGAACCAGUUGAAACCUCACGUCCGAUGACACCUUCCCCUCUAGAGCCAUGUCCUACACCACCACCGCCACCACCACCUCUUCCCCCUCCUCCGCCUCCUAGUCUGACCCAGGACACUCAUUCAAGUUUCUUCACGCUUCUGCGCGAAGUUCUAAUAAACAACGAAGUUCCAGCAACCUUGAAGCAGACCACGGACUCUGUUGUUAUCUGGAGUAGCUCUCCAAUAUCCCCUCUGAAUGAAUGGUAUUCUCAAUUAAUGCUGGUACAUCAAAGGGCAAAUGGAUGGACGAGUUUAGUGCAAUCUGCUCUCGAAUUUUUGAUAGAACAUGGACUAGUUUCUAUGUCUCAAGAUCUUGGCCAACUGACCGCCAUGCACUCUUGGGUGGGCCAAGGUAGAGACAGCGAUGCUCUCCUGCAAGAUCUGUCUGGAAUAUGGCUCCAGCAACAACAGGACAACAGUUUAGACAGCAAGCUUGAUGUGGAGGGCACCAGUGAGUUAAACGAUUCUAUGCUCAGUUCGCCACCAGAUCCAACAAUGAACCUGGGCUCAGCUCUUGACCUCAGCGAGGACGUUUCAGACGUAGGAUCUUCCUGCUUAUUUGAUUCAGCAGACGUGGUUCAUCCGCCACGAUCCAUUACUUCAUGGACGGUGAAACCAAGCACAACCGAAGAGAAGGCUAUUUAUCAAGAACAAGAACGUCUGAGAUACUGUCAACCGCAUAAAGCUUUUACGUUUCGGCAGCAUGGUUACGAAAGUAUCGUGGGACCUGUUAAAGGGGUUUACACUCCUGGCCAAGGAGUUGGCCAACCAUCAACGAAAGUGCGCGGACAUAAUUUGAUGGUUCCUGAUCGCCCGGCUUGCGUCACUCUUUUAUCGCUGGUUCGUGAUGCUGCAGCGCGGCUGCCUAACGGAGAAGGCACACGUGCAGAGAUUUGCGAGUUAAUGAAGGAAUCACAAUAUCUUGCGUCCGGCGCUGAAGCCUCCCUUCAUUCUGUUGUAAGUGGUGCACUCGACCGACUCCAUUACGAAGCAGAUCCUUGCGUCAAGUACGACUCAGCACGGAAAGUUUGGAUUUAUUUACACCGCCAUCGAUCUGAAUCCGAAUUCGAACAACUCCACAAACAACAUCAAGGAAUGCCAAGUCGAGUAAAGAAACCUCGAAGUGAGCAACGUCGAUCGUCUGGCGUUGGGACUAGUCCAGCCUCGGCAAAAAUGACCAAGACGACAGUGUCAGUUCCGAUUCCAGCCACGAGUCCCAUUUUGCCGACACCUACUGCACAGCCGUGUUCUGUUCCAGAGAUUCAAAUCCCUCCUUCGAUUCCUGCUCCCGUCCCAGUCCCUGUCACCGUUUUGAAAAGCACUCCAGUCAAGUUGAACAAUUCAUCUAUAGUAACAGUUCGGCAGGAGAUAAGCAAACCAACAACAACGCCAGUGGUAGUUGCUUCACCUUCUUGUUCGACACCGACCAUCACCACUCCGGUAACUGUUACAGGGAUUACUCCAAGUACUGGGGCUGGCCCGGCCACCAUCCAAACGUUCCAAAUUACAACGUCGACUGGAAUACAAACUAUACGGGUGGCAGCGCCUGCAAAUUUGCCUACAGCGCUUUUGGCCAGAACUCUACAGAUUUCUGCCCAGCAGCAAGGGGCUCUUCACGGACAGAAAGUUAUCGGCACUCCCACCCUUGUCAACGGAAACUCAACUAUCAAACAGGUUAUUCUAUCCCCAACAUCGAAGGCAACGAAUUCAACUUUGCUUUCGAGUCCACGGGCAGCUGCUCCAACUGUACCGCCUACAACAAUCUCAGUGCCAACAUCGUCGGCUUCGAGCAUAAUAAGAUUAAAUAUUCCUGUUACUGCUGCUACGAUGUCAGGAAUUAUGACUAACACAGUGAGAGCACGACUUCCUGGAAGCCCGUUGCGGUUAGCAGGGCGACAAGUUGUUGGAACUAGUUCUUCAGUCACGUCUCCUGUUCAAACUUUCCUCAUACGACCUCCGACACCUACUACCGCAGGCGGUGGGACUAUGCCAUCGACAUCCAAUGCUCCAAGACUUGUGAUGGUUAACAACAAACUAAUUAAUCUGAGCUCAACGUCAAUUGCCGGACAGAUGGGCCCUAAUACCCGUAUGAUGAGACCCAAUAUCGCUGUCAACAUGGCCAGUGUACGUAAAGCAGUGCCAUCUAGUCCAACGACCGGAGUAGCCCGGCCGGUACUAGCUAGGGUUGUGACGGGGCCCGGUGGCGGAACUCAACAGCAAGUGAUAACCUUAGAAAAUUUGCUGUCCUUAACCAAUGCCCAUCAUAAAGGUGGAGGCAAAACGGGGGUAGUUCAGUUACCUUUAUCAGCCAUUGCGGGACUGAACGUUGGAGCCUCGUCAUCGACGAAUCAACCCACAACCGUUCUUUUGCAGAACGUCAAAGGGGCUCAGUCCAUCCUUUUGCCAGCAGGCUUCCAAGGUGGCACAAUCAAUAUUCGCGGUGUCCGGAUGGCUACCCUCUCCCAACAGCAGCAACAAUCUGGGCAGCAACCCAAACCAGCGUUUGUAGCUAGACUUGUCGCACCACCCCAACCACCACCCCCCAAAAACUCCGAUGUAUAGUAAUUGUUGAUGCACCUAUGUUGAUUUUUAUUAAGGAAAAAUGUUGGAUGAAUCACUAAAUUCACAUAUAUUUGUCUGCAUCAGUGAUGUUUCAUUUUACACGCGAUCGCGUUAUGAUGCGAUAAGUGUUUUUAGCAAACACGUAACUGAGUCCCGAUAAGACGGUUGUCGUUCCUGUCACAUACCUGUAAUUAUUUCGGUCGUGUUAAUACACACUUCAUGAUUUCCCUUA